AUGUCGCUCAUCUCAACCAUAUUAACUUCUACUAUUUCCGUUCUCUUGACCCAUUGGCUAAUCCGUGUAUAUGGGUCUUACACGUGGAUUUCAGCAGCCAGGGGCAAUGACAUUGAGCAGCAGAAUCAAGUCGCAGCAAACACUCAGGACAAUGUCGAAUGGUCUCAAAAUGAAGAAUCGCCGGAUGAGCAACUGGUCUCGGACGAUCCAGGAGAGUCCGCGGAGCCUGAGAAGCAAGUUUCCACAUCUCACUAUCUGAAGAGAGAUCAGUUAUGGUCUGAGUCCAAGUGGCUGUGGAUACCUUUCGAAAGAGGGGAGUUACCAGCCUCGCCACCACGCUCGGAUAUACACAACUACUUCUACGUCAAUCGGCGUUACCGUACUAUCUCAGCCAAGCCCACCACAGUCAUCAGUGAUUUCAGUUCUAUUCUAACAUCGUUCCUCAGGUGCCGUAAAGUAGAUGACAUGAUUGUCAGUCCCUUACUUACGAAUUAUCCCGACAGACAGCACAUAGGCGACGAAUUUUUCUACGAUGAUGUUACAUACGACCUGGAGAAAUUCUUCCCUGAACUGAAGAAACUGCACGAAGAGUUGGAGGGUGUACAGUCUAUUCUCGGCUCAACCGAGGCUACUGCAGAUCAAACACGAGAUGCAGCGCGUGACGUAGGUGCUACCGAUGCUGAAUAUGGUCACCUUGGAGAUGAUGUUAUCAAGCAGUACCUCGCUGACGUAGUCGAGCAAGUCGGAGUGCUACUGACGUAUCUGGAUGAAGAAUUCCAACCUACCGCAGAUCGACUUGCGCUGCUGUUGUCGUAUGGUCAAAUCGAAUGGGACCUCCUCAUUUACUAUUUCCAGCCAAAGUCGACUUACUCUGCGGAACAAGAAGACAAGAUUGCCUUUGUUUUGACCAACCGGUAUUACGAAAUGAGCUCGUCAAACCCGUACUUCCAGCUGGAAGGUGAAGGCUGGAUGUGGGAUGGGUCCAGCUACGUCCAGUACAGCCUUUCCCGUACGAUUUACCAGUACAAGGGCACGAAAGAUUUAGAUGCCCUUCCCUGCAUGUCGUUGACCGUGGAGCUGCAGGACAAGCUGCGAGAACGCGGCCGUCUGUAUACUUCAUACUCUGGCAUGCAUUAUAGAACAUACUUCAAAGAUCGGGUCAUAGUCGACAAAAAGGCGUUUGAUAAUACGAGCGGAUACAUCGCUGACCCCGAAUUCGUGAUACCCGAACUGGAUGAGGACAAACUGCAUCUUUUGCCUCCGACAGUGUAUGGAUUCAAUCUGAGCCAGAAGAGCUGGACCAGCUUCCACAUUGAACAUCUCGCGCCCGUUAUCUUUGAUGAGAAUGCCUGGGAUCAUCUAGUCCUAGAUCCGGAUACAAAGGCGCUCAUCAAAGGCCUCGUGGAGGUUACACGGAACGUAAAUUCCACGAGGAAGAUCAUAUCCGACGUUAUAUCGGGCAAAGGAGGCGGUUUAAUUGCUGUCCUGCACGGCCCUCCUGGAACAGGCAAGACGUUGACCGCAGAGGCAGUGGCAGAAUAUUUGCGUCGACCCCUCUACAUGGUCGGGUCUUCGGAGUUGCCGUCGUCGCCUUCUGGUUUGGAGUAUAGCCUGCAAGGCAUCCUGCAGCUUGCCACCGCAUGGGAUGCCGUGCUAUUGAUAGAUGAAGCCGAUUCAGGUAUCAAAUAUCCUGAGCUCGAUCAAGAUGCUCGACGAAUCGUUUGGCGUAAAUUUUUCGAGCUAGCCGGGAUAGCGACCAACACCUCAGAGCAGAGCAGGGCUUCAAGUGACUCGGAACUCGUCGAGGUGUCCCCGUCGGCAGCAGAGAGCUAUGCUAUUUCUUCCGAAGAUAUAGAAGAGCUGUCGCAAAAGCCUUUCAAUGGACGCACUAUCAAAAAUCUGGUCCGCACGUCCCAGGCACUUGCACUAGCAUCGAAUGAGCGCUUAUCUAUCGAGCACAUCAGGGUCGUAGUAAGGGCUUCAGAGAAGUUUCUCGACGAAUUUGCCAACGCCAAAGCUUGA